GAGAGGGAAGGAAGGGAAAGUAGCGGUGCGCUUCACCGCUCCCAGGGAAAGAGCUGCCUCGACAGCCUCUCAUCCCCUGUCGCCCUCAUAUCCUCUCACAUAGUGCCCUUGCAAAUUCCACCACUCCAAGAUUCACGAGUGUUUUUCUCACCCACCUCAACAUCUCUGUUUUUUUUCCUCACACUUUCUACUCAUGAGCUGGUCGCAUAUUACGGUAGUGGCACCAACUUGUGGGGUGCAGCUUUCCUCCUUUGGACUCAAACCAAGUGUGUUAUACAACUGUGGGCAGGAUUUUGAAUGUGGUUCGAAGCUUUGGAGUAUUGUAAUUGGGGUGUGAGCGAUCCACUUUAGCCUGGAAGAAGAUGCGGAGGAGAGCGAAACACUGAUUGAUGUUCGUUUUGGUUGCUCUUCGAAUCCUGAAGUAUCUGUUUUGAGCAAGAAGUGCCGUGUAGAUUAUGUCACUUUGCUUUGGAGCUUCUGCGUGAGAUAGGGAUUGUGAAAUCCUUGGUGCAAUUCUCGCUGGGCUUUCGUAUUCAUCAUGUCAGCUCAAUUCGCGCACUGUUUUGGGUUACAAUGUGGAUUUCAAGGCGACCCAAUUCAUCAUAGGGCAGUAGUGACUACUGCUUCUCUGGUGUCUUGCCCCUCAGCUUCGUCCGUUUUAGGUCUGGCAAUGUGCACAGGUGGACACUGGAGUGGUUUGCAAACUUUUCGGAGGAAGUUGAAGAGUCCUGUGAAAGUGAAUUGCUCUGUCACAUCAGGCACAGAUGCUACAGCGGCAGGAGAAGGUGUUGAGAUAAAAGUUUCCGACUCUGGACGUUCAAGUAGUGACGACACCGUAAUUAGCGUAAUAAGAGGAGAGAAGAAAUGGAUGAUGGCCACUUUGGCAGCCAUGGUGAUGGUUGGAGCUGCAGCAGUUGGAGAGCCAGCAAUGGCGUUUAAUUGGUUUGGACAGCCUAAAGUAGAGAAGGAUCCAGUGGAGCCUUUCACUCUGUAUGGCAGCAUAUUGAAGAAAUACUUGAUCGAAGAUGUAGUCGAUAACAAGGUCGUAGGGCGGAGGAAGGGAUUCACUGCGUCAACGUGUGUAAAUGCCCUGGACGCAAGCAAAGAAACUCCUGAGCUGCAAGGCGUACCAGCUGGUCUGAAAGUGACUAUCAUUGGAGAACCAUCGUGUGCAAAAGGCCAGGGACAAACUAGAGAGGAGUCAUGUGCUACCCCAUGUGAGAGGGCAUGCGAGAGUGCUGUUUCACGGCACUUGGUGGAGGUCAAGGAGGAGACGGGUUACGUUUUGGACAAGUCAGAUGUUAAAAAAGUUACUGAAAGUUGCACCUCUCAAUGCUUUAAUGAAUGUCUCAAGCCGGGAAAAAGCAUUUCAUUUGUGUUUCCGUUCCGACCACACUAACCAGAUUUUAAGCAUCACCGGGAUUUAAUUGAUGCUGGACCCAGCAGAAAAUAGCUGUGAUAUGGCUGAGGGGGAUGGUUCAAUACUCCAUACGUACUUUCCGUUAGGAAUUGUGCACAUGGAACAACUGAGGCGAGAAACUGUCGUAAUUAUUUAGUGCUAUGAGAGCUGUUCAUCUGCUACGAGUUUAUUCGAGACUUUAUUGGAGCAAUCACAGUUUUUCUUACUUUUAGACAACAUCUUUAGCGUUUCUCACAAAUUCUACGAUUAUUUACCACAACUCUUAGUGUCCAAGUAGUUCCUUUUAACUAUGUCACUGGUUGCACAAUUGCAAUGUCAAGAAUAAUACUUCUUCUUACAUUUGUGCCAUUUCAUUAUGUUUUUCUGUGAUGAAUUUUGAAUAGAACCAUCAACAGCAUUACCACAGUUCACAUCA